CAAGAAGAAGAGCGCCGGCUUGCCAGAGAACAGGAAUUGAUGAAGAAACAGUUUGAAGAUGAUCUGCUAAAGCAGAAACAAAAAGAGGAAAUCAUGGCCCUUAAAACAAAUGAGUUGUAUCAAACAAUGCAAAAAGCUCAAGAAUUAGCUCAAAGAUUAAAGCAAGAGCAGCGAAUUAAAGAUUUGGCUCAGAAAGGACAUGACACUUCAAAACUGCAGAAGAAUCUUGGUGGUGGUGAUAUUACAAAGGAGAAUAAUUACAUUGACUUGAAUAGGGUUUUAGAGACUCCUAAUCAUCAGAACAUCAUCUGUUUUGCAGAGACUAAUAAUGAAACAAAUGUGAGAAAGAAAACUAAUUUCUCUCCUCAGAAAGACACAGCUGUGCAGACAGGUACAUUAAUUCAUUAUACAAUUUUUUCUUUGCAUAUUUCUCCACACUAUAAUGCUUUGGCAGACUCUUGUUCAGCAAUCUUGUUGGGGUUCCCCAUUCCCUUUUGCUAAGUGCAGCAGACUCACACAUUUCUGUGAUGCUUUUACAGAUUUUGUAGCUUGACAAAAUCUCUUGCAUUUGUUCAGAGUUGGACAGUUUGCUGAGAUGACUUAAGGAACACUUCAAGAGAUCAUCUGAAAUUUUCUGAGUUU